CACCCAUUAACCUUAAUUCUAUCCAAAUCCAAACCCUAUGGAAAUUUAGCCUAACAUGCUCAUCAAAAGACUAACACAAUUAAUAAUUAAUAAAAACAAUGACAUAAUCCAUGCAUUUAAUUAAAACUGAAAUUCGAACUAGUAAUCAGUAAUUCAAGAGUGAACUGGAAGAUAUUGAAAGUUGAAACUAAUACUUAAUUCAAGAACAAGUUCAUAAGCUUAUUUAACUAUGAUUAUAAGAAAGAAAUCUAACAUAAAACAUUAAAGAUAGAAAUUGAAAUAGAAAGAUUGACAAAAGAUUAACCGAAUGUUGGUGUUACACUUUACAGAAAGCUGCUCUUUUUCCUGGUUUCUCUGCCGACUGCCGCUGUUAUGGUUUUAGAUCUUCCGGCCAGUUGCUCUGCCCUUGCCCUGCGACCAAUAGCUCAUUCUCCCCAGCAGAUCCUCCGAGCAGUGGACUGACUAUCCCAUCUGCGUUACUUUUCUACUUGCGGCGGAGUUUUUUUAUUUUGGCUGGUUGCUCUCACUAUUUUAUCUUCCUUUUUUCUAUGGUUGUUGCUGAUCCAGAGUGACUGAAGCUGCCCCCUCAUUUCCGUUUUUGUUCUUUUGUUUGACAUAACCCGCAGCCAUGUGCUGCUGCAGUGCUAUUGAUGUCAAUCCCCUCUUUCUUUUGGGUGUUUUGUUGGCUGUCAAGCCUUGUUUCUUUUUGUUUUCUUUUUGUGCUGCUUUGUUUCUUUUCGUUGUUUUCUUUUCAUUUUCUUUAUUUUUGUUUUCUUUUAUUUGCUGUUUUUUUUGUAACGCAGCCUUGCUGCAAUUUUUGUGGGUUUUGCCCUUUUUUUUUUAUAGUUUUUUUCAUUAAUUCAAUUGUUAAGAUAUUAAUAUAAAGCUAAAAUUUGACAAAUCACAAAAUAUAGAUAACACAAAUAAGAAGAAAAAAAAGGCAUAAAAUCAAUCCAACACUUGAAUUAAACACAAAUCACUCAAAAAUGUAAAUUUUAACACUAAUUUUAAACAUUAACCAAAAUGCAACAAAAACGCAGAAAAAUGUAUCAAUUUCCCCUGGUUUUAACAAGAAACGCUAUAAAAAGUGAGUGAAAAUAUAUGAACAAAUCAAACUUAUCAAUGUGCGUGCGGUCGUGCGAGCAUACGUGGGUCUGUGUGUGUGCACGUGCGUGCGUCUGUGGGCGUGCGUGCAUGUGUGAGUGUGGACGUGCAGGCGGGCGGGCGGGUGUGCGUGCGUGCGUGGGAGCAAGAGUGCGUGCGUGCGGGCAGCCGGGCAUGGGUGUGUGUGGGUGGGGGUGCGUGCGGGCGUGCGUAGGCGGGCAGGCGGGCGUGCGUGGGUGUGUGUGGGUGUGUGGAUGUGGGUGGGGGCGUGCAUGUGUGCGUGCGUCUGUGGGCGUGCGUGCGUGCGUGCGUGGGAGGGCGUAUGCGUGUGCGCGUGGGCGAGCGGGCGGGCGUGUGUGGCUGAAUAGAUAAAUAAAUAGAUAAAUGGAUAAAUAGUUAACUAGAUAAAUACUUAUCUAAAUAAAUUGAUAAAUCGUUAAAUAGUUAUAUAGAUAUAUAGAUAUAGAUAAAUAGAAAAUUAGUUAAAUAGAUAAAUAGGCAAAUAGUUAAAUGGAUAAAUACAUACAUAGUUAAAUAUAUAAAUAAAUAAAUAAAUAGAUAAAUAGAUAAAUAGGUAAAUAGAUAAAUAGAUAAAUAGUUAAAUAGAUAAAUAGUUAAAUAACUAAAUAGAUAAAUAGAUGGAUAUAUAAAUAGAUAAAUAGUUAAAUAACUAAAUAGAUAAAUAGUGCGUGGGUGCAAGAGUGCAUGCGUGCGUGUGCGCGUGUGCGUGCGUGCGUGUGUGCGUGCGGACGAGCGAGUGUGCCUGUGGGGUCGUGUGUGUGUGUGCCAGGCGUGUGUGCGUGCGUGGGCGGGCGGGCAAAAGGGCGUGCAUGUGUGUGUGUGUGUGUGGGUGGGUGUGUGCGCUUGUGUGUGUGUGUGUGUGUGUGUGUGUGUGUGUGUGUGUGUGUGUGUGUGCGGGCGAGUAGGGGUGUGUGCGUGUGUGUGUGUGUGAGUGGGUGGGUGUGUGUGCUUGUGUGUGUGUGUGUGUGUGUGUGUGUGUGUGGGCGAGUAGGGGUGUGUGCGUGGGCGUGUGUGCAUGCGUGUGUGUGUGUGUGUGGGUGGGUGUGUGUGCUUGUGUGUGUGUGUGUGUGUGUGUGUGUGUGUGUGUGUGUGUGUGUGUGUGUGUGUGUGUGUGUGUGUGUGUGUGUGUGUGUGUGUGUGUGUGUGUGUGUGUGUGUGUGUGUGUGUGUGUGUGUGUGUGUGUGUGUGUGUGUGUGUGUGUGUGUGUGUGUGUGUGUGUGUGUGUGUGUGUGUGUGCGGGCGAGUAGGGGUGUGUGCGUGGGCGUGUGUGCGUGCGGUGGGCGUGUGUGUGCGUGUGUGUCGGUGUGUGUGGGCGUGCGUGCGGGCGGGAGGGUGUGUGUGUGUGUGUGUGUGGGCAUGGGCAUGUGUGUGUGGGCGGUGUGGUUGUGGUUGGGCGUGCGGGCAGACGGGCGUGCAUGGGUGUGUGUGGGUGUGUGGUUGUGGGCGUGUGGUGGCGUGUGUGGGUGGGGGUGGCUGGGGGCGUGCAUGUGGGCAUGCGUGUGUGCACGUGCGGACGUGGGUGGGCAGGGCGUGUGUGCGGGCGAGUGGGCGUGCGUGCGUGCGUUCGUGUGUGUGCGGGAGAGUGGGCUUAUGCGUGGGCGGGCGAUUGGGCGUGCGUGCGUGCGUUCGUGUGUGUGCGGGAGAGUGGGCUUGUGUGUGGGCGGGCGUGCGUGGGUGUGUGGGUCUGGGUGUGGUGGGUGUGUGUGUGCACGUGUGUUGGGCGUGCGUGCGUGCAGGUGUGUGUGUGUGUGUGGGUGUGUGUGCGUGUUGGCGUGGGCAUGGGCGUGUGUGUGUGGGCGUGUGUGGGCGUGUGUGGGCGGGCGGUGCGUGUGUGUGUAUGUGUGCGGGGGUGUGUGCCUGCGUGCGUGUGUGCGAGCGUAAGCGGGCGGGCGGGCGCGUGCGUGCGUGUGUGUGUGUGUGGGUGUGAGGGUGGGGGCGUGCGUGUAGGACUGCAUGCGUGCGUGCAUGUGCGUGCGGGAGUGCGAGCGUGCGUGGGUGUGUGUGCGGGCGUGUGGGCGUGCGUGCGUGCGUGCGUGUGGACGUGCAAUUAUUUAAUAGAUAUAUAACUAGAUAAAUUGAUAAAUCGUUAAAUAGGUAAAUAGAUAUAUAGAUAUAGAUAAAUAGAUAAAUAGUUAAAUAGAUAAAUAGACAAAUAGUUAAAUGGAUAAAUACAUAAAUAGUUAAAUAUAUAAAUAAAUAAAUAAAUAAAUAGAUAUAUAGAUAAUUGGGUUAAUAGAUAAAUAGUUAAAUAGAUAAAUAGUUAAAUAUCUAAAUAAAUAAAUAGUUAAAUAGAUACAUAUAUAAAUAGAUAAAUAGUUAAAUGACUAAAAUAGAUAAAUAGUUAAAUAGUGCGUGGGUGCAAGAGUGCAUGCGUGUGUGUGCACGUGUGCGUGUGCGUGCGUGCGGGCAGCCGGGCGUGAGUGUGUGUGGGUGUGUGGGUGUAGGCGUGCAU